CACAAUCCCCUGUAAUCGACGUCUCCCCCCUCCGCCCCACCAUGUUUCUCGUCGCGCGCAGCCGCCGCUCCGCCUCCGCCGCCGCGGCGCGCCUUCUCCCGAUCCCACCGCCUUCCGCCCCCUUCACUACCACCACAGAUGCCUCCACUACCGAUCCCGACGCCGUGGCGGCGGAGGUCGCCACCCUUCUCUCCCGCUGUUCCGGCGACUGGAAGCUCGCCAUCGCCACCUCCGACCUCCAUUCUCGCCUCUCUCCCGCCGUAUUAUCCUCCCUCCUCCGCCCAAACUCCUCCCCUCCCCUUCACCCCAAGCUCCUCCUCGACUUCUUUUACUGGUCUCGCACGCGCCUGGCGCCGUCAGUCCCCGCCGCCGAUGCAUUCGCCCACCUCGCCGUACACCUCUGCGCCGCCUCCCUCUUCCCACAGGCUAAUGGCCUCCUCGAACAGAUGAUACGCACCUACCCCUCCGCUCCCCUCGUCCUCAGCUCCAUCCAACGCGCGCUCACGGAUUCCAGUUCCACAUCUGUCCUCAACGUGCUGGUAGAUACCUACAAGAAGGCUAGAAGGGUCCGUGAUGCCGCCGAGGUCGUCCUUCUUAUGGAACAUGCCGACAUGGCCCCGAGUCUGCGCUGCUGCAACGGGCUGCUCAAGGACCUGCUGCGCGGAGGCCACAUGGAUCUGUUUUCAAAGGUGCGGGGAUUCAUGGCCAGCGCCGGGAUUUCGCCAGACGUCUAUACAUACUCGACUUUCAUCGAGGCGCAUUGUAAGGCCAGUGAUUCUGAUUCAGCCGCAAAGGUGUUUGAGGAAAUGCGUGAGAGGGGGUGCAGCGUGAAUGUUGUGACAUACAAUGUGCUGAUUGGUGGGCUAUGCCGCUGCGGUGCUGUUGAAGAGGCGUUUCGCUUCAAGAAGGAAAUGGUGGAAUCUGGGCUAGUUCCAGAUGAGUUUACUUAUGGUGCGCUCGUUAACGGUCUGUGCAAGGGCCGCAGGUCGAGCGAGGCUAAGUCGUUGCUGGAUGAGAUGUCCAGUUCUGGGCUGAGGCCGAAUAUAGUAGUUUAUGGGACUCUACUUGAUGGGUUUAUGAGGGAGGGCAAUGUGGCUGAGGCUUUUAAGAUUGUCAAGGAGAUGGUUGCUGCUGGCGUGCAACCAAACAAGUUCACUUAUGACAAUCUCAUUCGAGGGAUUUGUAAGGCGGGAGACAUGGACAUUGCUUCCAAGCUGCUCAAGGAUAUGCUCAAAGUUGGUAUUAUGCCUGAUACCAUGACAUACAAUUUUGUCAUGGAAGGGCAUUUUCGACAGCGUAACAAUGAAGCCGCUCUUCAGCUUCUCACUGAAAUGAGGAAUGCAGGCAGUUCUCCUAAUGUAUACACUUACAGCAUAGUGGCUAACGGAUUAUGCCAGAGUGGUGAGUCGAAAAAAGCAGAUGAUCUCCUCGAGGAAAUGAUUCAAAAAGGUUUGAAGCCAAAUGCUUUUGCUUAUGCACCUGUAAUAUCAGGGCACUGCAGAGAAGGUAAUGCCUCAUUGGCAUGUGAUGUUCUUGAAAAGAUGAUCAAGGCGAAUGUACUCCCUGAUUUGUACUGCUACAAUUCUCUUAUAGUUGGACUAUCUAAUGUUGGAAGGAUGGUGGAAGUCACAGAGUACCUUGCUCAGAUGCAAGAUAGAGGAUUGGCACCAAAUGCAUUCACAUACAGUGGUCUCAUUCAUGGAUAUAGUAAGAUCGGGAAUCUGGAAAAGGCUGAGCAGUUAUUCGAGCAUAUGCUUAGCAGUGGGCUAAAACCAGAUGAUGUUAUCUACGUUGACCUCCUGGAAGGUUACUUCAAGUCAAAUGACAAUGAAAAGGUGUCAUCUAUUAUUCAAUCCAUGUCAGGCCAGGGAGUUAGUCCAGAUAACCAUAUGUGUGGGAUUGUGAUUCAUAAUCUGUCCAUGUCUGGCAGUAUGCAAUUGGCUUUUACGGUUCUUUCAGAGAUUGAGAAGACUGGAUUUGUUCCUGAUGUGCGUAUAUACAGUUCAUUGUUAUCUGGUCUGUGUAAGACAGCUGACAUGGAGAAAGCAUUUGCUCUUCUUGAUGAAAUGGCUAAAAAGGGACUAGAACCUGACAUUCUAUGCUAUAAUACACUAAUUGACGGGUUUUGCAAGUCUGGUGAUAUACUACAUGCCCGUAAAGUCUUUAAUAUCAUAUUAGAUAAGGGCUUAGUGCCAGAUUGUAUGACAUACACAGCUUUGAUAGAUGGAAACUGCAAAAUUGGUGACAUCACUGAUGCUUUUGAUUUGUAUAAUGAAAUGCUAGCUAGAGGAGUUGUUCCAGAUGCGUAUGUCUAUGCUGCACUUACUGCUGGAUGCUCAAAUUCCGCAGACCUUGAACAGGCAGUGUUUAUAACUGAAGAAAUGUUUGUUAGAGGAUAUGCCAGUGUUUCCUGUUUCAACACUUUGGUCCAUGGCUUCUGCAAACGUGGCAAGAUCCAGGAAACUUUAAAGUUGUUCUGUGUGAUGAUGGAUAAAGACAUAGUGCCUAAUGCACUUACUAUUGAAAAUGUCAUAAAUGGACUUGGUGAGGCAGGAAAACUCUGUGAAGCACACACAAUUUUCGUUGAGUUGCAACAGAACGAAUCUUCACAAAGUGCUACCACUCAGUUCUCUUUGUUGUUUAUGGAAAUGAUAAAUAAAGGACUGAUUCCUCUAAAUAUCAUAGAUGACGUGAUUCAAGCUCAUUGUAAAGAAGGGGAUUUGGAUAAGGCUCUAAUGUUGCAUCAUGCUGUAAUGGAGGAAGGUUCACUAAUGAGCUGCUCAACGUAUAUUGCUCUUGUGGAUGGCCUUUGCAGGGCGGGGAAGUUAACCGAAGCUUUGGAUUUGCUAAAAGAAAUCCAGAAGCUAGGUAUUCAUCCUAAUGAGGAUCAAUGCUUGAUGCUAUUGAAUGAUCUUCAUACAUCAGGAUAUAUCCAAGAAUACAAUAAAGUGUUUGAUGCUAUGUUGUGCCACAAGUGGUUACAAAAGGAUAAACACUGCAAUUUGGCUGGUGUAAUCUAGAAGCUGUAUCCGUACAAGAGAAUACUUUACAUAGCAUCAGAAGCUCAACAUGCAAGGAGGUUGUCCUGUUGGCCAGUGGUGGAAAUGGCAAUAUGUACUUUUACUGUUCUUAGGGGAAAGCAUCAGAUCAUUUUUUCCUGUGGCAUUGGCAUCUUUUGGGUUGUUACUGAAGGAUAUGGAAGACACAUUGUGUUUCCACCGUAAACAUCUUAACCACUGCCGUGACCAUGGUAGCCUGGCGGUGUUCGCAGAUGCACAUGGAGUAUAGAUUUGCGAUUAGAUAUGUAGUUGAUUCAACGAGUUUGAUGAGAAGAAACUUUUGAUGAUUCUUGCCUUCAGAUCGACAUGGAAGAACCGAACGUGGCGAGCUACACGUCUGCUCCUUCACGAUCCAGGAUGUAGGCGGCCCAGUGGAGAGGCGAUGAGCAAAGGGGAGAUAGAUGGAAACGUAAGGUGGGAGGAAACCUUCUCCGCUAUGUCAACCGAGCCUCGGGAGCGAAGCUCGGAUGGACUAAACGCAUCACCAGGCAGCAUCCCAUUACAAGCUAUUUGCAUUUCUGGACAGUACAGAACAAGGUAUGGUUCUGCAAUGACUACUGAUCGACACAGCCUGUCACUUCCAUCAAAGCUCUCCUUGGUACUGCAGAGUAUUCAAGUCAAUGAGCAUUAGGUUUGCAUGCCGGAAUGUUGGCUGCACAACACGGGCAGCUCUGGUUUUGGCCUUCUUGAUGCCUGCACAGCAGUGCACAGGCAUAACCCUGUCUUCCCACUUGGGCAAGACAGUUGCUGCAGGGCCAUUGGACUCAAGGCGCCAAUGCCACUGCCCAACUCAACACUAGUUCAACCAAACAAUCAAAGAUAAAUCUUAAUAGUACUGGGUUAUCUAUGACUUGAGACAAAACUACCAAAAGUUCUAUGCUUCAAGGUCUUAACAGCUGCUGUCACGGUUCUUUGCUCCAUCAAGAAAUCCUUCACCUGGCCUGCCCUCAGACAUCGUUCUGGCUUCCUUGCAACUGACCCUCGGAAGCCAAGCUCGGUCAGCUUCUUGAUCAUGUCUUCUCCCUUAACCAUCUUCUAGAGUCCAGCAUCUUCAAAUUGCUUGAUCACCUCUUUUUUUUGAAACAAAUGGAUCUCUCUUGCUCUCUCUCCAACCAUUGCUACAAAUAUUAAGAGCACACAAUCAAUAUGUAUGUUGCAACAAUUAAUUAAAGCAACAAUGUGGCCAUGUUAAUGACACUCUUGUGAAUAUAUGGAUGGAUGUAAAAUUCCAUUUGAGAUA